AUGUCACCAGGAGUCCCAUAUGCACAAUCCAGGGAUGGUGCCUUUCGCGAGACUAUCGGCGCCGUGUUGACUCCGGAGAACCUGGUGGACGUUUACGGUGAUACCGCGAUUACCCCUCUCAUCCAUCAACUUCAGCGUUUGACAUUCGGCGAUGCUCGUCAUUCUCCCGAUCCCCGGUGUGCAAUUUACGAGCUGCCAGGGUUCAAGCAGAACCUCCGUUCGGGAAAGCCAUCCCCCGAACGUGAAUACGAUGGUUCCUACAGCAUAGGUUCUACGCUCGGAGAGGGCGAAGGCAUGGGCGAUGUUAAGCCGGCUCUACAGACGUCUACACCAGCCAGUGCAUUGCACAUCAACGAGACGCUGACAUGUCUUGCUCGUCUUCGGAUGCUCAUCGCCCCUCUCGUGGUGGACAAGUUCGAGUUGGACAUCGGCGAGUUCGCCGACCUGGACAACAAUACUUUUACUCUAGGAGGACCUGCGUUUGGGGCAACAGGUUGUCAGGUCAAUGUCUGCUCACGGAACGUAUCGAGCCUCAAUGAGGCGUUUAGCUGGCAAGGUAGUUGGCAUCCGGACAUCCACGACGAAGGUAGCAACUGGACAUUGGCGGUCAUGCUACUCAAUAUCCCACCAGGUUAUGACAAGUGGUUGUCGAGUGCGGCUGCAAAUGCCAUAUACAACAUUCAUGCUACGGUUAUCCGCGUCGCGUACAUUCUUUAUCCAAAUCAGCAUGCAAAUCGACGGACCGCUGGGUUGCGCGUCUCACCACCUUUGGGCUUCGGAAAUAUUGAGAAGCCUGUUCCUUCCAGCGCAGUGCCCCUCAACUAUUGUCUCAAUGCACAGCCAAUCCUAGGUUCUCCUUAUGACCGCACGACACGGCUGUCGCGUGAGGUUGUUGCAAUGUUCUAUAACUUUCUGGAGCAUGCAGGGAUUGAAACAGAUCUUGAACCCAAUGAGAUGCUCUCGCAUCUAUACGCUAGCCCCAACGGCCACGGUCCCAUUCAUCCACGUCUUUUCCCCAGAACCAUUCGAGACUCGCCGGAGUACUUCAUCAAAAUGCGGGGCUAUCUGAAAUGGUACCGAGCCGAGUGUGCAAAGGAGAACUUCAACCUGAAACGGUAUGAAGUGAGCGUCAUGCAAGUACACGACCCCCUGUCCUACCAGAUAUAUCUGCAGCACCUCCGGUUGGUUCUCUCAAAAUGGUCCCAGCCUAAUAACGGGCCAGAGAUAUGGCGUGUAGUCCGUGAGGGACAGAAUGAGCCAGAGGACCUUGAGGCAGGGACAUGGAUGCGUAUACCUCAGAACGCUGCUUUGCUCAACGCUGUGAUCCAUGAGGAAGCACAGCGUCAAGUUCAGAAAACACUGCCUGGUACUUCUCUGCAGUUUGCGCCUUUGCCGAUGGUGCAUCAAUUCGAACCUGGACUACCACUACCCGAAGGCAAAUUCCAAUUUGGGUCAACACCUAAGGAGAGUACACACAAUAACACUCCUGCUACGGAGUCCAACACAUCCAGGUUGGAUAUGUCACAGAAAGUAACCAGGACCUCAGCACUCGAUCCUCCCAAGGAGCCCCAUAAGCCAGACACACCCCCUUCCCGCCGUAGGGGACGCUAUGGUAAGAAGCCACCUAAAUCUAAGAAGCAGGACAGUUCAUCGGUGGAGGUAAAAGCACCUCGCAAAGGCAGUACCACCGCUAUCUUCCAUGACAAUGUGCCAGAGUAUCAUGUUUCAAAGAUAUUAACUCACCGGUUUCAGGAUAAAACGGGUGAAAUUGAAUGGAAAGUACGUUGGGCAGGCUACUCUGCUCUGCAUGAUACCUGGGAGCCCUAUAUCAGCCUGCGGUAUGAAUUUCUCAGAAAGUGUGGUCAUUUAAACUGA